AUGAAAGGGAAAAGCACGCUAGCAGCAACAUUCACGUUUCUCAUACUGGCCCCGCUAAUGCUUUUGGCAGUAGAGGAUUUAUGUCCAGUAAAGAUGCCUAUGCCGACUGCACGCAAGAAUUUGAUCGUUUACGACCAUAACAUAUAUCGAAGCAAAAUUGCCAAAGGGCUAGCCAUAACGCCUGGUAAAGACGUUCUACCACGAGGAGAAAACAUGUACAAAAUGGAGUGGAGUUGUGAGUUGGAAAAGUUAGCAGCGCUAGCUGUGCGGGAGUGUCAAAAAACAAACAUUUCCAGUUCAUACGCAAUGAAUUUUGAAUACUUUGAAAGAUUCUACGAGUAUGGUUUGGAGAAUCCCUACAAUAGGGCUCUGAGAUUAUGGAUAUCCGCUCUAAAUGAAGAAGACUUCACAGUUGUUUUCAACGGAGAUAGCAAAAUAUUACCACUCGCAAAUAUAAUUCGAGCUAACAGCUCUCGCCUUGGCUGCUCCGUACAAAGAUGUGGAAUGUCGGCUGCCGUGGCCUGCUUCUACGACUCUCCGAACCUAUCGAAGGGUCAGACAAUCUAUACAGCUGGAUUCGGCUGCAGUAAGGAUGGUGACUGUACAACCCACCUUGCUUCGCAUUGUGAAGCGGCGAGCGGCCUUUGUGUGGCGGAACGCAAUGGUGCAAAUGAAGAAGAUAGAAAUGAGACUGUCAUACCAGCAGUUCCAAAGUAUUCUACUUCAAUUGAAAACAUAACAGCACUCGAAAAAGGUUUGGAAGAAACAAGUGGAAAUGAUACCCAGAAGAACUCGACUGUAAUACCCGAGAAAAGAGAAGAAAACAGAGAGGACUUAUCACCUACGUGGAUUGGUAUGCCCAGGUACGGAAAUCGUACGAUGUGUCCGAAUGUGAGCGGGAUGACUGAUGAAAUGAGGAAAAAAUUCCUCGAUGCGCAUAAUCAUUACAGAUCGGCACUAGCAAAAGGCCUUGUAGAAUGGGGUAAUGGGACGAAAUUACUCGCAGCCGCAGAUAUGGUCAGACUGCGUUACAACUGCGAACUGGAAAUUUACGCAUUUUCCUAUGCUUCAACAUGUUCUAUGGGAAAUUCCGAUUUGGAAAGUAGAGUACAUACGGGAGAAAACGUUGGUACUAUCCUUGAGGAGGAAGCAGAUACAUUCGAGAAGGCCGUGACUGUGGGAGUGAGAAAAUGGUGGAAAACAUUGAAAGCAAAUGAGUUCAUAAUCGGUGCUGAUGCUUACCUAGACCAAGUUCCACUCAAUCAACCGUGGCUGAAAUUCCUCCAGAUGAUAUGGACUGAGACGAAAGAAAUUGGUUGCGCUAUUGUGAGGUGUGGUGCGAACUAUUUUUUGGUUUGCAGAUACUACCCAAGAGGCAAUAUCUACAUGAAAAGAGCCUACAAACCUGGCAAAAUGUGUACUAUGUGCCCUUGGCAAAUGAACUGUGAUUAUUGGACAGGGCUAUGCAUGCAACCAAGGGAUGACGAUCCCAUACAACACGAGUCCGACAACUUCGAAAAUGAUUAUGACAAUUCAAGUGUGAGCUCAUCAAGCAUUAGCAUGUAUUGUUGCUGGGCUUUACUGUUUUUGCUACUUCUCUAA